AUACAAAGUGGGAUGUGCCGCUGGUGCUAUCUGCAAACUAAGCUGCAAGACGUUUUCAUCACAAGUAUAUAGUCCGUAACGAAAGCCAUGGGAAACUACAUCGAAAUUUGUAAAUCAAGUGUUAGAAACACACCAACUGCCAGACUCUCUUCAUCUCAGAAGGAGCAGGAUCGGAUACUCAACCCAAUAAUGCAUCGGCCUAAGCCUCUUACUUCAAAGCCAGAGAUGUGUGCCUCUCAAAUUUUAAGAAAACGAAUGUGUCAUGAUAUACGACCGCCAACACCAAGUCAGAUAAAAGCCCUUGAGGAUAGUUUAAAAAACAUAGAUGGUAUUAGAAGCCCUUCAGGUCUUGGCACUACGACAGCGGUCGUCUUCUCGCUCAAAAACAACAUCGGGAAUCUGGCCAAUGCCCUUCGCAUAUUUCAGGAAAACAAAAUCAACGUUGUUCAUAUUGAGUCCCGGAAGUCUCAACGGCGUGACUCUGAGUACGACAUAUAUGUAGACGUUGAAACGGACACAGUGCGUCUUGAAGAACUCGUUAACCGUCUGAAGCGUGACAUUGCUUCUAUUACCUUCAGUGAACUAAGCCUGCCUGUAUCUCCUCCACCACUUGCAAAGGAGGCUUCGUUUAUGGAAAGUGUUCCCUGGUUUCCUCGAAAAAUAUCAGAUCUUGACAAGGCAGCGCAUCGUGUCCUUAUGUAUGGCACUGAACUUGAUGCUGACCAUCCGGGUUUCAAGGAUAAACUAUACCGAGAACGAAGGAAAGCGUUCACUGAUAUUGCAAUGGCGUACCGCGACGGUGACCCUAUACCUCGCAUUGACUACACUGACUCUGAAGUCCAAACGUGGGGAACAGUUUUUAGGGAACUUAUGAAGCUAUACCCAACUCAUGCCUGCCGUGAAUACCUUGCAAAUAUUCCACUUUUGGUGGAACACUGUGGGUACAGAGAAGACAACGUACCUCAACUUGAUGACGUAUCCAUAUUUUUGAAAGGGCGAACAGGAUUCCAGCUUCGCCCCGUUGCGGGUUACUUGUCAUCACGGGACUUCUUGGCAGGUCUUGCUUUUCGAGUAUUCCAUUGUACUCAGUAUAUAAGGCAUGCUUCGGACCCUUUUUACACCCCAGAGCCGGAUUGCUGCCAUGAGUUAAUGGGACAUGUGCCGUUACUUGCUGAUGCAAGUUUUGCUCAGUUUUCUCAAGAAAUAGGACUUGCAUCUCUCGGAGCCUCAGAUGAAGAUGUUGCCAGGCUUGCAACGUGUUAUUUCUUUUCUGUGGAGUUUGGACUCUGCAAACAGGAUGGACAACUGCGUGCAUAUGGAGCCGGUCUUCUAUCGUCUGUUGGAGAGCUGAAGCAUGCCCUGGCGAAAGAAUCAGAAAAACAUCUAUUUGAGCCUCUGCUGACUUGUAAGCAAGAAUGUCUAAUAACAACAUUUCAAGACGUCUAUUUCUACACUGACUCGUUUGAAGAAGCCAAAGAAAAAAUGAGACAAUUUGCAGCAACAAUAAGACGACCUUUUGCAGUUCGUUACAAUCCAUACACACAACGUGUCGAGGUGUUAGACAGCACCAGACGAAUUGCUACUGUUGUGAGCGAGCUGAGGGGCGACCUAUGUAUUGUCAGUGAAGCUCUACGUCGAGUACAACUACUGGAAACUUUUUUGAAGUCAUAAACCCCACUUCCAUUCAGAUUGCAAGCUGGAAGUAUAUCUUUUCUUUGCAUAGUGAUUCAUUUUAGUGUAUUGCCAUGAGACUUUUCCCCGUUUUUCAAUAUUUUGGGUUUUGUUUUUGAGGAAAGUGGAAAUAAUUUAAGAAAAAGAGGCGGUGGAAAGAGAGAGAGAGAUCGCCGUGUUAAUUCGCCGACUGAUGAGUUUGUCAUUUCUGCGUUUGACGUCUGCGCAGUAAAAUCCUCUCGCAUAGGGAUGCUGCAAAGCUGGCAGUGCUAAAGUCAUUUCCCACCCCCACAGCCUUUGGCCACAUUUUGUUUUUACUGUCGAUCUUAAAUGUGAAACUUCUGAUAGAUUAUCAACAUUUUAAUGUAAAAAAUAGCAUUAUAUGCUCAUCGCCGUCCUUAUCAAUUCCUUAUAGCUGUAUCUUUAUUAAAUAAUUCACUGGUGCGCUUCAUCCCGCUUUAUCCUAUGGAAAUAUCCCUUAUUUUCAAACUACUGUUUGAAGAGUAUUCACAGUACAUCUGGCAUAAUGCCAUUGAUUGUUGUAGAGAGCUUGGUUCACAAGUACAGGUGCAUUUUUCUGUUCCAUUCCACUUAUUUACAUGCGUUUUUAAUGUAUUGUUGGACUGCUAAACAAAUGUAGCAUUCGAGUGUAUAAUCGCAAAAAGUUUCCAUUUCAUUCCAUAGUGUACUACUUUACUAUAGGCUUUAAUUUCUAUCAAUUGUUUUCUAGAUGAACAAGUCACAUGGUACACAAACUGUCGGCCGGCAUGUUGCGCACUAAGCAGACGAUAAUGGUGAUAGCUGUUAGAAGUCCUGAGAAUAAGCGAGGAUAGGUUUUGAUAGAAAUGUCAAAGAACGAUACAAAAUCAUAAUUUCUUAUAUCAAAUUAUGCCCUUACGUCUUUCCUCCCUAACCAUUCAUCCGGGAUCUAAUGAAGUGUCCAGAAUUGAUUACAUCGACAUCGUCAACUACCUAGUUGUGGGGGUUAGCUCUCAUACCUCAGGUCAAACACGAGAUUAGUAAUACUUCUCUAUCAAAAAUAAUAAUUGAAUUAAACUGUCCAAACGCUAAAAAGUGUUUCAAUGGGAAUUUGUGUCUUGUUGAAGCUGUUAUAUACCCAAUCAAUCUAUGUGGAAAAACAUAGUGAGUGUAGCAUCAUGAGUUGCUAGUCCUUCUGUCAGAUAAUACAAGUGACAACUCAAAAAAAAAAGCUGAUAAACAUCUUUGUGUGUAAAUGAA